CCUCAUGCAGUAUCAGCUGAAUGAGGCUGCCAAAAGUAAUGUAAUCUGUUGCUCUGGACCACCUCUCCAAGCAGUCUUUUCCUCACUUGCUAAUACAUCACACCUUUGAUCUCGUCUUCUCUGCCACGCAGGAAAUGCACGUUGGUAACUCACAGGUGGUCAAGAUGAGGUAUGCAGUGAUAGCAGCAAUGGUAGUGAUGGCAGCCACGGGAGCAGCCACAGAUAGUGAAGCGGGAGAGAGGCCAGUGGUUGCCACACAGGAUGGAAGGAUUGCUGGUUUCAAGGAGUUCUCCACUGAAGGAAAACCAUUUUACUCCUUCCAUUCUAUUCCAUUUGCUAAGCCACCUAUAGGAAAGCUUCGACUCAAGGACCCAGUUGGUGGUGAUGGGUGGGAGGGAGUGAGGGAUGGGUCCCAAGAGCCUCCACUCUGCUCCCAGGUAACCCCGGAGACAGUCACUUCCAGUCAUCCAGUUUACGAGGGAGACGAAGACUGUCUUUACCUCAGCAUCUUUACCCCCAAGCCUGGUGAGCCUGAAGCCCAACUUCCAGUGAUGGUCUUCAUUCAUGGAGGAGCCUUUUUUUACGAGGGAAUAAGAAAAUUUUCGCCAUAUGUAUUCCUGAAUGAAGAUGUAGUCUUAAUUUUUAUCCAGUACCGUCUUGGUAUUCUUGGUUUUCUAUCAACAGGAGACUCUGUGAUUCCUGGUAAUUUUGGGCUGAAAGACCAGACAAUGGCUCUUCAGUGGAUACAAAGAAAUGUUUACAAUUUCGGAGGAGACGCUAGCAGAGUCACUAUAUUUGGAGUGAGUGCUGGCGCAGUCUCAGUACAUUUCCACAUUUUGUCUCCACACAGUCAAGGCUUGUUUGCUCGAGGUAUUAUGCAGUCCGGCACAAUGUUUGGUCCCUGGGCAUUGGGAGGACAAUUCAAGGAGGUCGCACAGUACACCGGAAAGCUUUUCGGAUGUCCAGAUGGUGGAGAAGUGGAGAGUGAGUCACAGAGCAACAUUCUCCUUACUUGUCUCCAGGGCGUCAGUGUUGAAAAUCUGACUAUGUCCUUGACACAAUAUUAUAAAAGUGUGUUUCACCCUCUGUUGCUGGGUCCACGUGUAGAUGGUGACUUCCUUCCAGCUGAACCUGAAGUGUUGAUGACUCAGGGCAAACACAGCACUGUGGACAUUAUAUCUGGAGUCAAUUCUCAUGAAGGCGGCAUUUUUGCAUUCUAUCUCUACGCCAGUGAGUCUGCAAAAUCAGAACUUCUGAACAACGUCGACAAGAUCUGUCCAGCGACACUUUACUUAGAACAUGAGACUAAACCUGUGGAACUUGCCACCAAGAUCUAUGGCCAGUAUGUUGGAGGUGUUCGAGUUAACUUGGAAGAUGCAGACAUUAUCUGUCAGAUGUUUGGUGAUCGCCUCUUUAAUGUGCCUCACGACAGAGCAGCUAUUCUACAUGCUAAAAAUGUUGGACCUCAGAAGAAAACGUUUUUAUAUGAGCUAAACCACAGAGGUCAACGAUCAUUGGGAAGUCGUUAUAACACCGAUGUUGGUCGUCACUGGGUGACUCACGGGGAUGAUCUCUUCUACCUGUUUACUGGUGAGAACACUGAGUGGAAGCCACUGGAGAGGCCAGAGGACCUCACACUGAGACACAUCAUGCUCAAACUCUGGACCAAUUUUGCAGCUACUGGGAAUCCAACACCUGAUGACUCUCUAAAUAUAGUGUGGGAAGCUGCACGUCCAGACAACCUCCAUCACUUGUCUCUCACACCGACCCCCACCAUGAAGGCAGACUAUAGGCACAAGGUUCGUGCUUUCUGGGACUCACUGCCAACUCAACAGAACUUGUUGCUUCACUCAGAAAAUUUAAUAGUUACAAAAGAUAAUGCUGAACCUGUGGAAGCGAGUAAAGAUUUGGAAUUUAAGAUACACUUUCAAAUGGAAAAUAAACCAAGCAGUUCUGCUGCUCACAGUGAGUUGUAGCGCUGAUAUGAUGACAAUAAAGAAUUAUUGACUGUUAAUUAUUGAUGGAAUACUGACGGCACCAACCAGAUAUGGAAUGAUUUAUUUGGUAAAUUUAUCAUGCAUGCCAUGUUGUAAAGUCAAUAGUUCACAGAACCAUACUGUAACCAGGUACUGAGAGAAGUUUUUUUUGGGGGGGUGGGGAGGGUAGGGUGCUAACUAAACAAGUUACAGCAGUAUAUGUACCAAUGAUAUGUAGAUUUCUCUUAUCUCACACUAAUUCAAGUUCCUUCUCACUAUAUGCUCGGGUCUAGGAUAGUUCAUUAAUGUCUUACAAAGUCUAGCAGAUACAUACAUUUAUGACAAGUCUGUCUUAGCCUCUGAUACUUACCUUACCUUCCAUUCAGAAAAUAGGUUAUUUAGACCAUUAUCAUAUAAAAAUAAUUAUAUAUUCAGUGCAUAACUAUUUACAGCAUUUACAUACAACAAGUAGUUUCGCCCAACCUUCACAACAUGUAGUAUAUAACCGUCUAGUGUAGGACUCAGCCAUUCCACCACAUGUGUACCUAGUCAUGUGGUCCCGUCUGAAAAUAAUUACUUCUUACUUGAAACAACCCAGUGUUUUGAUAACUUGUACCGACGCUGAGACAUACUCUACUGAUGCCACAAUGACUUCACGACCACAUCAGCAGCUGGGACAACAAGUGUCUGAAGACUCAAGAGGACGUCAGCUUACCAAGAUGUUACCAUAGCUCCAGAAAGAGGAUGACUACCGACCCUACCCUCCUCGGGGAACCAGAGCAAGACUGAAGAUGAAGGAUGUCGUCCAACCGGAGGAAUCAUUACAACACAUCCAUGCAGAAAGGAAGUAAGAUGAUCGACAACCCCCCACUGCGGGGCCGACGCAUUGUCACUAUUUGGAAAAGACCCGUGCUGGGAUAGUACCGGCCCGGGUCUUACUGUUGCAAUAUUAAACCAGGAAAAUCACAUCUUGCCCAGAAAUAGGAGAGUAGCUACAUCCAGUCUGGUCAACACAAUAAUGGAGAAUGAGCCAACCAUUCCCCAGCACUUAUACCCACAACAAACCACAGUGCAUCACUAUGCACAAUAUUUCUUAACUAAUUUAUUAAUACUCUAUUUCUCACCCAUAACUCUUUAACUUGUCUUAUACUUUUAAAAUACUGUUGUUACAAAAUAAUUAUUAUAAUUA